AUGUUCGCUAAUGUAAAAGUGAUGAUUUCGUUCCAUGAAGAAUUUAUAACAAAAGUGGAUAGGGGCUACGAAAUUAGUUGUUUUUACAUGGAAUCAGAUAAAACAGUAACAUAUCCAUUAACAGUAUCAAUGAAAUCAUUGGAACCAUUCACAGAACUUGCCGAAAUGCCACGAUGUCAUUAUGAAGUGGUAGAUCCGAUCACCAUGGAACCAUUAUCAGUUGUUUCGGUUGGCAGUAAAUUGCUUCAUAAAUGGAAAUGUGAUUCCAGUGCUACAAGCUUAUGGUGUAUGACGGUUCAUUCAUGUUUUGUCGAAGAUGGAUCUGGCACACAAUUUGUUAUACUCAAUGAAGAUGGAUGUGCAAUCGAUCGAUAUCUAUUGGAUAAUCUAGAAUAUGGUCCCAAUGAUUUAGAAGCACAAAAAGAAGCACAUGCUUUCAAAUUUGCCGACAAAGUGGUAGUAAAUUUCCAAUGCUCAGUCAGGUUGGAUAUUCGAGAUGGCGAUUGCCCGAAGCCACAAUGUCGAGAUUUGAGCAAUCAAAGAAAGGCAGUAAGACGACGAGCAUUACCGGAUUUGCCAUUAGUGUUGAAUAUGACUGACUAUAUGGCUGAGGUAGAUGUCCGUUCUCAACAACUUGAUGUAUUAGACACUCAGCUAGAUUUUGGCGUUUCAUCGAAUAAUCCUCGAGUAGCUGCACAAAUUCGUCGAUUGCAAAGGCCGGAAGGUGAUUGCCAUAUCAGUACGACAUCAGCAAUUGUUGGCGCUUCAUUUUGCGCUUUAGUAAUGCUUGUAAUGAUCCUUCAUAUCGUAUAUCUUUACAGAAGGAUGCAAUUUAAACGAUAG